AUGCCAACCCCGAUUUACUUGAACAGUUUAAAAAGAGUCAAAGUAUCGGGAACACUUAAAGAAAAAAAACGUAUCAAUGAGACCGCUCAAACAAUUCUCUUUACAAGUGCACAAAUAAAAGAAAUAGAAGAAACACAUUUCGAAAAGUGUUGGGAUGUUCUCCCAAAAGAUGACGAAAAGAAAAAAGUAAUCUUUGCCGCAUUUGCUAAAAGACUUGGUCUUGUUGUUGGUUCCUUAAGUAAACCAAAAUCAAGAGAGAUUUUGAAACAAGAAAAAUUGGUAAGGGACUUCUACAUUAACGAUGACAUCAGUGAAAUUUCAAAUAAAAAGAACCAUCGCUAUAUGCUGCUUAGUAUGCAAGAAGCACAUGAUACAUUUAAGGUAGAUUUCCCGAAACAAAAAAUCUCCUAUCAAAGAUUUACAAACUUGAAACCAGAUUUUAUAAAAACUUUAAAGCAAAUCCCACACAACACAUGCCUUUGCAGUAUCCAUCAGAAUAUGCGAUUUGCACUGCUAGCAUUAGCUAGUGUCUAUCCUACAUCCAAAGAUGUAGUUAUUGGAAUUAACAUGCACAAAAACUUUAUUUGCGAUGGCGAAAACAAAGUAUGCUUUUCCAACAAAUGUUGCUUAUGUAAACAUUCACCAGCGUUUUUCGAGAAAUUUCAAGAAAACGAAGUCAAUGCCACAAAAUCGGUGACAUGGGAGCAAUGGCAAAAAGCGCCUGGUGGAGGAAUAUUCUCACAAGUAGAAAGAGCUACGAAGACUGGCUCCGAAUCUGAUCUGAUCAAGCACAUCAAAGAAAUGAAGAAUCUCAGAACGCAACAAUUGCCGUUCUUCAAGUGGAUUGGUCUGCGUGCAUUGGAUGCGUCAACAUCUCCCGGGGACGUUAACAUCCACGUAGAAACGGCUCAGGUGCCUGGUCGUUUUAGUACGCAGUUUCAAUCGUUUAUUGAGUCCUCAAUCAAUGAAAACGAACUUAAUGAGUCUUUGCAUGACACUUCAUCAAACCUGGAUGAUUUUGAGCCCGUUUCUACAGGGGAUUCGUCUCAUUCUGCUCCAGCCACUGAGGAAAUUCUUGGCUCUGAUGAGGAUCAACGUCCACUUCAACUAAAUACUGAGGGUGUGCAGACUCAUCUUCCUCCACUCACUGAAGUGAGUUCUCAAGAGGUUCCUGGCUCUGAUGUGGAACCAGGUCCAGUUCAACAAAAGUGUCUGCCGACAGACGAAUACAGUUAA